AUGGGUGGAAAAUCUUCAGUUGGCUCUGCAAUUUUUUGCAUUCUUGCCACCACAAUCGUGCUCUUACCAUUGUGUGCAGAUGCGAGAAGAAGGGGGGAAUAUGAAUACUACAAGAUCGUCUUCAGAUGGGCUGAGUCAUUUUGUAGAGAGAACUUGUAUACUUGUCACUUGCCAGUUCCAGAUUAUUUCGUUAUCCAGAGUGGAACUCUGUUACAACCCAUAUUACAAGAAAUGGAUAGAUAUUGGCCAAAUAUCUAUAAGUUCAACGAGAACCUACUUUCAAGGACGCAAUGGAAUGAAAAGACUUGGAAAUAUGAAUGGAAGGAACAUGGAAAGUGUCAUGAACAUCCCAACAAUCCUUUCUAUUAUUUCAACACUGCUAUAACUUUUGCCAGGCAAUUUAGAGUGAAAAGAAUCCUAGAAAAUGCCGGAAUAACUCCUAGUGAUGAGUAUGGAUAUGAAGCAUCUGCCAUUAAACAACAUUUGGGGGUAGACAUUCAAAUCUUUUGCAAGGAAGACAGCGAUGGAUUAACUUUGCAUAUAACCUUGGUCAUGGAUAUGUGUAAUGGAGAUCUGACAGUGACCAUAGAUAUAGCAAGGUUGACAAUGCAUGAUGAAAUGAUAAAAGAUACAAAAACCUCAAGGCACCUGAGCAUAUGCAAUGCUGGUUUGAUAUUUGCUACACGACAUGUAUACCUAACAGAAACUGCAUGCUGA